AUGAGGAUCUGGCAGGACAUUUUUGCGGUGAAGAUUGCAGAUAUGCACUUAACAGAGCCAUGGACACUUCAGGAGGAUGAUACCCUGCAGGUCCAUGUCCUAAAGCCUGGCUGGAAAGAGUUUGUGCAGCCCCGUGCUCUUGGAAGGUUUCAGUGCUCCCAAUGCUUUCGUCAGUGGUCUUCAGCCAGAGUGCACAUCUUGUUCCACAUGUGCCGCCAGCACCAGGGCCAGGGCAUGGUGUGGAUGCGAGCCUUUCGCCAGGCAUGCAGGCAGUGCCCCAACCCCCGGCUGGAGAAGCCCAUGUUCAGCCAGGAGACUGUGGAGAGGCUUCUGCACAACCUGGUGCUAAAGAUCCUCAAGUACUUCUACCACAUGCCCGUCCAGACCUCUGACCUCAUGGAAGUUGUGGUGGAUGCGCUGGUGGUGGGGCCGCAUGACAGUGCCCGCUGCGAGGGUUGCCAGCUCGGUGUUUGCAGCAAGUCACAGCUGGCCCCGGCAUCAAAUGUCUGUCAGCCCUUGACGGAUGCAGACAAGGCCAGGACCCAUCGCACCCCAAAACACAAGGGCAUGAGGCCCUGUGCAACCCAAACCCACCACUCCUCACCCUGUGAUAACAGCUUCCCCUGGAAGUGCUGCUGCUGCAUUGGCAGCUCUUUGCUCUGUGUUCUGGCAGUGCUCCUCUUCGUCCUGCUUUAUUUCAUCAUGAACUAG